UUCAUGUCAGGUUACUGUCAAAUAAAAAAAAUCAUUGAAAUUUUGACAAGUUCUGCUGCUGCUUUUCAUUGGGGCGACAUACGAUUUAUUUCAAAAUGAAUUCCCUUUUGAGGAAGGCUGCGAUUGAAUACCUGAAGACAAAUGCUCGUUCUGCCACCCACGCCGCUACCGCCGGUGGCCAUGGAGGUGGCUACAAGCUGUGGAAGAAGAUGACUUUCUUCGUUGCAUUCCCCGCUGUUGGUCUUGGUAUGCUGAACGCCUACCUGGCCCACCAGGAGCAUGCUCAUGCUGAAAGGCCCGAGUUUGUGCCCUAUGACUUCCUGCGCAUCCGUUCUAAGCGUUUCCCGUGGGGUGAUGGCCAGAAGUCCCUCUUCCACAACCCCCAUGUCAAUGCUCUCCCAUCUGGCUAUGAGGACUAAUUUAAUAUUGAAAUGCUAGAGCAUACAUGCAAAACAUGCUGUUAGAUUACAAAUUAUGUAUUGUGAUAAGGAACUAAAAUAAAGUGUUAAAAUGUA